AAUUAUUCAUAGCUCAUAAGCACUUAUAUCUGCCACAUGUGCCGGUCAGUAGUCGUGACAUCGUGCUGCUUACAUGCAGCUAGCUCCUGCAGUCGCGAGUGAGGCUGAGUCUCUGAGGGGCUUUCACCCAGUUUCAUUCAGCACAUUCUGUCUUAAGUCGACUCAAUUUCUCUACCUUUAAAAUUGGCCCCUGCUUUUUCCCUGUCUGCACAAUGUCAUUAUCACUUGAUACGGUCUUCCAAGUGGUUGAGAUCGUGCAGAAAGCGGUCGCGAUCUACGAGCGCAUCAAAGAUGCGCCCGACACGAUCCGGAAGUUGGGCCGGCGCAUGGGGCGGCUGGAGACAAUCCUGGAGGGCCUGGAAAACUACGUGCGCAACAACUCCAAGCACGCCCUCGCGCGGUUGAGGCAGUCUCAAUCGGAGGAUCUGUUGCACAUCAUCGACGAGACUCGGGAGGACUGCAGUAGAGUUUAUGUGCUGUUUGAGAAAUGGGAAAAGAAGAUCGGGCCUCUCGGUCUGCAGUUCAAGGACAAUGCGUUCGCGCAAUAUGUCGCGCAGUCGUAUUUCGCACUUGGCAGCAGCGCCAAGGAGCUCGAGUCGCUGGCUGCCGAUGUUGAAAUUCAUAGGCGUGAUCUUGACCAGUAUAUGGCCCUUAUGGGGGUACAAGGCAUACAGGCAAACCAAGAUGCAAUCAUGAGCAUGAAGCAACAGAUACAGCAAUUGCACAAGCUGGUCCAGGCAAAUGUGGCGCUUGCUGCCCCGCAGCCCACCGCACCGGCGCAAGCUGGGGGGAAGAAGAAACGAAAACCGUCGCCUUCACCGUCACCACCGAAGAGAGACUUCAAGGUCAUAUUUAUUGAUCCGCACAAUCUCGGGCGCAGCGUAUGCGCCGAGGUACUGAUGGACCUCUAUCGAGCCGACACCAAGAAGAGAAAUGGCGACUGGCGCAUAGCAACCAUCCACUCCGCUGGCUUCUUUUGUAAGAGUGAGAACGAUUGUAUCGAAAUGAUUGAAAAGCUGGAUUACAAGCACGGAUCGUACAAGAUGGGCAUGUCCAAGGGCGCCACAAGUCCCAAUGAGGCGGCGAUCGCAUCAGUUUUCCAUAACAAGAACUUUGAAAAGAUCAAGGACUACAAGACAGAUCUUUACGUCCGUACGGAUGCACGUGUGUCCCGAGGGAUCAAGAAGGAUGUAUUCAAGCAGUAUGACUACAUAAUCGUCUUCACUGGGAGAGAACACGACAACAUGAUCAGGCUGCGAUCUGCCAUCACAGCCAAAGAUGGUAAGGAUGCCGCGCCGAAGGGCAAGGGCAGGGUAGUGCAUCUUGGUAGUUAUAGUUCGACAGAUGGUAGUGUUAAGGAGAUCGUAGAUCCACCAAAGAACAAGGAUGGUACACAUAGUAGAGAUGAGUGGAACAAGAAGGUGGCAGAACUGAAAAUCGCAAUUAGAGGCUUCCUGCACAAAGAGAUGGAAUGGAAUGCAGAGAAAGCCUCAUGAUAGGCGAAACCAGAUGACCGGGUGGCAAGACAUGGACCCCGGAA